CGACGAGGCCGCAAUUACGCUUUGGGGAUAAAACGAGGCGCAGAGAGCGGGCCGGGCACUUCUCCCCGAGAUGGCGGGUCUGAGAGCUGCAGCCCUGCGGCCCGGAGUCCUCCUGCUCCUGCUGUCCAUCGCCCGCCCCUCGCAGCCCGGAGGGGUCCCGGGGGCUGUUCCUGGUGGAGUGCCUGGAGGCGUCUAUUACCCAGGUGCUGGUAUUGGAGGUCUGGGAGUCGGAGCUCUGGGGCCCGGAGGCAAACCUCCCAAGCCAGGGGCUGGACUCCUGGGGGCGUUUGGGCCAGGUGCUGCUGGGCUGGCAGGCGGUGGCCCUGGAGCAGGGCUCGGGGCCUUUCCUGCAGGAGCCUUCCCUGGGGGUCUGGUGCCCGGAGGAGUGGCGGGUGCUGCUGCAGCCUAUAAAGCUGCCAAGGCUGGUGCUGGGCUUGGUGGUGUUGGCGGCAUUGGUGGUGUUGGCGGCUUAGGAGUGUCUACAGGUGCGGUGGUGCCUCAGCCCGGAGCCGGAGUCGGAGUCGGAGUCGGAGCGGGAGGGAAGCCCGGGAAAGUGCCCGGUGUGGGGCUGCCAGGUGUAUACCCAGGUGGAGUGCUCCCAGGCACAGGAGCUCGCUUCCCAGGUGUGGGAGUGCUCCCUGGGGUCCCCACCGGAACAGGAGUCAAGGCCAAGGCCCCAGGUGGAGGCGGAGCUUUUGCUGGAAUCCCAGGAGUUGGACCCUUUGGGGGCCAGCAGCCUGGAGUCCCGCUGGGGUACCCUAUCAAGGCACCCAAGCUGCCGGGUGGCUACGGACUGCCCUACAGCACUGGGAAACUGCCCUAUGGCUAUGGGCCUGGAGGAGUGGCAGGUGCUGCAGGCAAGGCUGGGUACCCGACGGGGACAGGAGUUGGCACCCAGGCUGCAGCAGCAGCAGCUAAAGCAGCAAAGUACGCAGGUGCCGGAGGAGCUGGGGUUCUCCCUGGUGUUGGAGGCGCCGGCAUUCCCGGCGGGGCUGGUGCAAUUCCUGGGAUCGGAGGCAUCGCAGGGGCGGGGACUCCAGCUGCUGCAAAGGCCGCCGCAAAGGCAGCUAAGUAUGGAGCUGCUGGAGGCUUGGUGCCUGGUGGGCCAGGCUUUGGAGUUCCAGGUGUUGGAGUCCCAGGUGUCGGAGUCCCAGGUGUUGGGGGGCCUGGCAUUGUGGGUGGACCAGGAGCUGUGUCACCAGCUGCAGCCGCUAAAGCAGCCGCCAAAGCAGCCAAAUAUGGGGCCAGAGCUGGAGUGGGAGUUGGAGGCAUUCCCACUUACGGAGUGGGAGUUGGUGCUGGGGGCUUUCCUGGUUACGGUAUCGGAGCUGGAGUUGGAGGUGUUCCUGGAGCCCCCCUUUCCCCUGCAGCCCAGGCAGCAGCAGCCGCUCAGGCAGCAGCCGCAGCCAAGGCAGCCAAGUAUGGUGCUGGAGGAGUAGGAGCCUUAGGGGGACUGGUGCCAGGAGUCGGAGAUGGAGUAGCAGGUGUGCCAGGCACAGGAGCGGUGCCAGGAGCAGGGACCCCAGCUGCUGCAGCUGCCAAAGCCGCUGCCAAAGCUGCCCAGUUUGGGUUAGGUCCCGGUGUCGGCGUGGGUCCCGGCGUGGGUCCAGGUGUCGGUCCUGGUGUUGGUCCCGGCGUCGGUCCCGGUGUUGGUCCUGGCAUUGGUCCCGGCAUUGGCAUCGGCCCCGGUGGUGUUACAGGAGUGGGGACCCCAGCUGCUGCCAAAGCCGCUGCUAAAGCGGCCGCCAAAGCGCAGUACCGGGCUGCAGCUGGGCUUCCCGCUGGCGUCCCUGGAUUUGGAGUUGGUGCUGGCGUCCCUGGCUUUGGAGUUGGUGCUGGCGUUCCUGGCUUUGGAGUUGGUGCUGGCGUUCCUGGCUUUGGGGCAGGUGCAGUACCUGGAACCCUGGCUGCAGCAAAAGCAGCCAAAUAUGGAGCAGGAGGGAUCGGGGCUCUUGGCGGAGCAGGUGUCCCAGGUGGUGUGGCAGGAGCCGGACCUGCAGCCUCAGCUGCUGCUGCCAAAGCUGCUGCCAAAGCUGCCCAAUAUGGCCUCGGGGGAGCCGGAGCCCUGGGAGCCGGGGGGCUCGGAGCCGGGGGAGCCAUCCCAGGGGUUGGGGGCUUCGGAGGUGUGUCCCCAGCUGCAGCUGCUAAAGCAGCCAAAUAUGGAGUUGCAGCAAGACCCGGCUUCGGACUGUCUCCUAUUUACCCAGGUGGUGGAGCCGGGGGCCUGGGAAUUGGUGGUAAACCUCCCAAGCCCUAUGGAGGGGCCCUGGGAGCCCUGGGAUACCAAGGUGGGGCCUGCCUGGGGAAAUCCUGUGGCCGGAAGAGAAAGUGAGCUUCCCAGGACCCCUGACUCACGACCUCAUCAACGUUGGUGCUACUGCUUGGUGGAGAAUGUAAACCCCUUGUGAUCCCUACCCCUACGCGCCCCCCCAGUCCCCACCCCAGGAGGGACAGGCCAGGCUGGGUGGCCUUGGAAAUCCACAAAGCAAGGAAACAAGAGUGGUGGCCAAGUGGGCCCCAGGAAACCCCCUACUUCAGAGGCCGGGGGUAGGUGGGCUUAGCCACCUGCCCCCACCCCCUUCCCACCCAGGAGCUCCCCCUCCACACACUCUCCAUCUCCAGGGGAACUUGGUGCUACGUGCUGGUGCUCUCAUCUUCCUGGGGGAGGGAGGAGGGAAGGGCAGCCCCUCGGGAACCCCCUCCCUGGGGCUCCUCUGAAGAUGGUGCAGACACUCCCUGGGCAGUCCCAUCUCCCCCUGCCCACCAGAACCCACCCCCCCCCAACCCUGGCUGCGGUCCAGUUGGUACCUAAGCACCAAAAGCCUCAAGCUGGAUUCGGUCAUACCAUCUCUGAGCCCCCUUGCCCACCACCUCUUCCCCACUUCUGGGGACACCUUCGGAUUGGAAGACCCCCAUUGGGAACAGCCCUCUUGCUCUUGUGGAAUUCAUCCAUCCAUCUGUCCAUCCGUCCAUCCCUCCUUGUCCCCAGUUGACCACCCAGCACCACUAGCUGGCUGGGUGCCCCCUACCAUCAACCUGGUUACCCUGUCCUGGCGGCCUGUACCCUGCCUCCAACCCCCCCACACACACCCCUACGAUGGGGCCUGAGCACCCAGGGUGUGAGGAGCUAUGCUAGCUGGGGUGGCAGGAAUCUCCUCCCCAACCUGGGUCCCCCCCCAUGCAGUACUGUAUCCCCCAUCCCUCCCUUGAACCACUGAACUUCAGAGCAUCUCCCACCCCUGCCCUGCCCAUCUCUUUGUGUCUCGCUGUGAUAGAUCAAUAAAUAUUUUAUUUUUUGUCCUGGA